AUGUCCUUCGCCAUCGACUGCUUUAAAAUGACCAGCAUGCUGAUCAUGAGAAAGAACUUAGGAACACUGAUGAACACCCUUCAAUCGGCGCCGUUCGCACCUGUGGGCGCCGAGGAGCUGGAAAUACAGAAGAACUUUCACAAAUCGGCUGAGCAAACCGGGAAGGUCUAUAUGACCGCCUUUGAGGUUUGGUCAGCAUGGGCGGUGUUGGUGACGCUGCUGAUGAAUUUUGCCAGCAGAAAAUUACUGCAAACCGGGAAGGUCUAUAUGACCGCCUUUGAGGUUUGGUCAGCAUGGGCGGUGUUGGUGACGCUGCUGAUGAAUUUUGCCAGCAGAAAAUUACUGUACCGCGUCUGGCUUCCCUUCGAGUAUAACUCGGCAACAAUAUACUCCUUGGUCUACCUGCACCACACACUAACAACCCUGAUCUGCGCAACUGCAGUGGUCGCGUAUGAUACCCUAUUCACCGGACUGAUGAUACAAAUAUACUCUCAGUUCGAGAUACUUCGGCAUCGUCUGCGAAACGUUCACAGGAACGAGAACGAUUUAGUCAAACAUUGUGCCCUUCAUCACGAUCACAUCUACAAUCAAUGUGUUAAAUCGCACGUGAACGCUAGAGUUAAGGAACCAUACCACGUUCACGAAAAUCGUUGCAGGUUCGCUAACAUGGUGAACAACGAAUUCAGAGCUGUUAUGUUCAUACAGUUCGUCCAGAGCACCGCCGUUCUGUGCUUCGGCCUCUACCAAUUGAUGAUGUCGGAACUUGACGGCAAUCUAGCUGACAUUGCCUUUUACAUUACUUGUUUGCUUCUUCAGAUUUUCUACUUCUGUUGGUUUGGGAACGAGGUCAAGUUGAAGUCCAGUCAGCCGGUUCAUAUCCUCAGAACAUGUCCGCAAAGUUUCUCUUUGCAGAGUCUCGAGGUGUCCGACAUGAUCUUCGAAAUCGAAUGGACCACGCUGAGCAACAAGACGAAGAAGAUGCUUCUGAUGAUGAUGCGUCGGGCUACAGUGCCGAUUGAACUCACCAGCCUCCACAUCGUCUCCGUCAACAUCGAGAGUUUCAAGGCGUUGAUCAAAACGUCAUACUCGGUAUUCAAUCUGAUUCGACAGAACUAA